AUGGGGCCUCUUGAAAAGAAAAUAAUUCCGGGAAAAGCUUGUAUUAUUGUUCUCAUAGCGAGAAGGUUCGUAUCGCAAGUUGGCAGAUGGCAUAAAUUAGGCUGGGUGGUGAGAGAUGUGAAUGGUGGUAGUGGUGGUAGUGGUGGUAGUGGUGGUAGUGGUGGUAGUGGUGGUAAUGGUGGGUGA